AUGGCGUCAACCUCUAGCUCCGCCUCAACUCCGAAGUCUUUCUCAACGCCGGCGUCACCCUCUAGCUCCGCCUCAACUCAGAUGUCUUUAUCGCCGUUGGCGUCACCCUCUAGCUCCGCCUCAACUCAGAUGUCUUUAUCGCCGCCGGUGUCACCGACGUCGCAACCGGAGGAUGGUUCCCUACGCGAUCCGUUUGUGCCGGAGAUAAAGGAGCCACCGCGCAACUACUUGACAGAAAGAGUGAAAAAGAGGAAACGCGUCGAAGAAAUUCAAGACAAAUCACUCAUCCACGGUUUCGAACUCCAAGAGCACGCGGCAAAGUUGCUCGAAUCCAACGACCUCUCGUCGUUGCGAGAAGCAAUCGACGAGUACGCGAUAUCCAAUAAAGAAACAUUCAAGACAGUUUUCAAAUCGUUCACACGUUAUUACCCUAACGCGUUCUCAUUCAAGCUCGCUAAAAUUCUCGAACUCCACCCUCCGCUUCUAAUACGAACUGAAAUUGUUGAUCUUGUCCAUGAAGUUCUUCCCGAAGGGGUAAACAAUCCAUUGAAUUCAUCUAUCCUCAUUGAACUUAAAAUCCCUCUUCUUCAGUCACUCAUGUUAGAAUCCGAAGAAAUUUUGUUCCGUUCGCUAUGUGAAUCGAUCGGCCUCCUCGCUGACAAGUUGUACCGAACUUCUCUUGGCGGUUGGGAGGAGCUUCUUGAGUACUCUGUCACGUGCCUUUCCGGAGAAUCCGAAUCCGAAAACAAGAAAGGGCUUAUGUUAUUAGCCGAAUUACCACUGGAUGUUGCUCUAGACAGAGAGUUCUGGCUGAGUCGAGGGAACUUCGAUCUUGUCUUCGCCAGUAUCUUUCAAUCUAUUUACUCAACGGAUGAGGUAAUAAAAGGAUUGGCAUACAAUGCAUCGAUUUCGUUGAUGUUAUUUUCGAAGGAACUCCAGAGAACCGAUAUAUGUGAAUUCCUCGUGCCAGUUUUGUUGAAUAUUGUUGAUCAACACGGAGAAGAAGAGAUUCUGUUGAGUAGGCUUAAACGUUUGGGUGAUUUAAUUUCACUGGAUGACGGAAACAUCUUUAAGAUGAAACAUGAUGUACUGUUUUGGUGUAUGAUUCGAGUAGCGGAGGCAACAGAUGCAAGCGAGCAACUGAGAUCUGAAGCAAUUUAUGUAAUCAAGGAGCUUGAUACCGCAAAUGUGAAUGUGAUGGAACAUAUGAUCAAGAUUUUUUCUGAGUACGAAGUGAGAAGGAUAUUUACGGUUGUUAUGAAUAUGUUUUCGUAUGUUAUUGAUGAUCCUCUUUGGUAUGAUGUUGACAAUAAGAGUUGUAAAGAUGCUGGGUUGACAGAAAGUUUCAAACGCGGGCAAUUCCUGUUGGAUUGCCUCUGUAUAGAUGGGAAUGAAAGUGUCUUUGUUCCCACGGUAAUUGGGAUGAUAACAAUGAAAUAUUUACCAAGUAUCGAUUGGCAGCUACGUCAUGCAGCUAUGAUGGCCUUUGCUACAGUUGCACAGAAUAACUUCAAAGAAAUGAACAUGUUUCAGAACUUUGAACAAGUUGCCAUAUUGGUCCUUAAGUCAGUGGAUGAGCAGAACGACAGAGUACUUUGGGCUACUAUGCAUGCUAUUAAGCGAUUGAGUGAAUGUCAGAAACUAUUAUUGCGUGCUCAAUUUCAGACGAAGUUCUUCGAGAAGCUAGUUCCCAUCAUUAAAUGUAACUCUUGUGCCCGUGUACAGUCAUAUGCUCUCAUUGCUCUUCGUUCCUUGGUAAAAACUUGUGACUUUGACAAAAUAUCACAUUUUGGGGAACAAGUUAUAACAUCAUUACUUUUACUUCUUAAGCAUGAAAAACUGAAGUUACAGAGUGAAGCUAUUGAAACCCUGAAGUCGUUUGCAGUGUUCAUGGCGGAAACUUUUCGCAAAAAUUAUUACGAUACAACAAUAGAAGCAUUGAGAGUUACUGCGUUGAAUAGUUUACAAAAAUCUGUGCUAUGUGCCAAAUGUUUAGAAUGCAUCGUACAUCUUAUAAAGAACGUUGGGCGAGAUAACUUCAAAGAACAAGAAGUUGUUCAGGUUGUGGAAACUCUAAUAUUACUUGAAAGACAAUCGAGUAAUGAAGAUUACUUAUUAAAGUGUAUUGUCAUAAAGGUUCUAGAUCAAAUCUGUCAAUGCCCAAGAGUGAGUAUUGACAAAUUUAUCGAAGACAUCAUGCCAAUGUUGAUUGGAUCCAUUCAACCCCUAAUUGACUUAAUGGACAAUAAGCUCAGUGAUGAUAGCCUAAAUGAUGAGAACAAAAGAUUGGUUGAGCUAACAAGAGUUCGGGCUUGUAAUACAUUGUCAUACUGUGCUAUUCGGUCAUCUAAAAGCUUUUCCCCCCACAUUAGCACGGUUGCUCCAAUGUUUAUACGUUUGCUUGGUUUUUCUAGUUUUCAAAUUCGCAAGGCUUCUAUUUUAGGUCUUCCAAAACUAUUACUCUCAGUUAAAGUGGGUGACAAAAGUAAUGACACUAAAAGAGAUGUGACUUUUGUCAUUGUACAAUCUUUGAUUGCCGGGUUGACGUUGGGGGAUGACAGGGAUUUGUCAACAACAAUAUUGAGGUUACUUGCUAGAUGCAUUCAGAGCUCUAGUUCAUUUUUCACUGAUCAACUGGUCAAGGUUAUUGCUGACGGAAUAAACGAUACAGUAAAAAAGAUUAUUAAAUUUGAAAUGGAGAAAGCACAAGAAGUGGGAACUUUGGAAGAUAUUUUUGAAUCUUUAACAACAGACGAAAUAGUUGAGGAACUAGUUAUCUUAAUAGCAACAAUGAUUGACACAUCUAGAGACCAAUUUUUGGUACAUGUUGAUGACCUAAUGUCUAAUGUUGUCGCAUUUUUGGCCGAUGAUAAGCCAGAUAGAAUAAUAGCUUUCACAAUUUCCAUUUUUAACGUUAUCUUGCCACUAUUUCCAGACCAAUUGACGCUGUAUUUUGAUAGAUAUAGAUCAAUCUCAUAUCUUGCUUUGGCACAAGAUUAUCCUUGUUCCCUGCCGCAUGCAUCACGGGCAGUUGGAAUCUGUGCUAUGUUUGGAGGAGCUAGAUUUAAAGAAUCUGCAAAUGCGUGUAUCUUGGUAUUAUACAAUGUUCUGGAUAAAGAACUUGGUGUACUAGUACUCCGAUAUGAUGAUAGAACUCUGAAAACAUUAUGGGAUACAACAGUUGCAGCUAUUGGAAAAAUCUGUGAAUUUCAUCGUGAUUGUAUCACCCCUGAGCAGGUGGUUCAAAAAUGGUUAAGCUUCUUGCCAUUGAGGCAUAAUUACAAUGAAGCUAAAUAUGCACAUGGACUGCUUUCAAAAUUGAUACAAAGGUUGGAUGAACACCUAUUUGGAAGUAAUAAUGAGAAUCUUCCCAAGAUUAUUUGGGCGGUAAAAAGAAUUUUAUCUGGACCUGACCGUCUGGGAACUGAGGAAACUAUUAAUCAGAUGAUUUACUUCAUAGAACAACAUGGUGGAAUGGAAAUUGUAACUAGGCGAGCAUAUCAGGCACUAAAUCUCCGUAGAUUCUCUAAUUAUUAG